AAAAGCGCAUUUUAGGAAUCAUAAACGCACAAGGCGUAAAUUGUAAGCUACCCGCGCGACAAGACCAUCCGUUUCUCUCCUGUUAUGUUUUUACAGUACUAAACAGUUACAAAGUAACCUACAAAUAUCCAGUCAAAAUCGUGUUUGUAGCUUCUGACGCAAUACCUUCAUCGAUGCAGAAAUAAGGUUUAAGGUUUGUAAGGCCCGGAACGCCAUACAUACAUUUGGGUACAAUUCACUGCAGAAUUUCUUGUUCCUGCCAAAGUAUUUGAAGAUCCUCGUUUCACAAUUUUGAAUUGAAUUUACGAAACAACAAAUAUGGCGGAGACUCAGCCCAGCAGAUCAAGGGACCUCGACAAGCUCCUCCUCCGGCCCGGUCAUCUUGUCGGCCCGAACUUUGAACCCGGCUCCGAACUGAGAGAGGAUAUAAAAGAAUAUGUUAAAGUUUUGGUGGUGGGGGCAGGUGGGCUGGGCUGCGAGUUGCUUAAGGAUUUGGCCUUGACUGGCUUCCGGAAACUUGAUGACUUCAUGCUGAAAAAUAUUGUUGCCUAUGCAUACUCUUGUAGGCUUGAUGAUGUAGGAAAGCCAAAGGCUGAAGUAGCUGCAAAACGAGUUAUGGAAAGAGUCAGUGGUGUAAACAUCACACCACAUUUUUCUCGCAUCGAGGACAAACCAUUGGAUUUCUAUAGUGAUUUCAGCAUAAUCGUACUAGGUCUUGAUUCAAUCGAGGCUCGGAGCUACAUAAACGCAGUCGCUUGUGGUUUUCUAGAGUAUGACGAUGAUGAUAACCCUCGAGAAGAAACUGUAAAACCUAUGGUGGAUGGUGGAACUGAAGGAUUCAAAGGCCAUGCAAGGAUUAUAGUGCCGGGUACAACACCUUGUUUCGAGUGUACAAUUUGGCUUUUUCCUCCACAAGUCAAAUUUCCUUUAUGUACUCUAGCAGAAACUCCCAGAACUGCUGCUCACUGUAUCGAAUAUGCCCAUUUGAUUAAAUGGAGCGAGGUUCAUAGCGGUAAAAGUUUCGAUCCAGAUAGCCCUGAAGACAUGCAAUGGGUUUAUUCGGAGGCUGUAAAAAGGGCUGAACUUUUCGGAAUUCCGGGAGUUACAUAUUCUUUGACUCAGGGUGUGGUGAAAAAUAUAAUUCCUGCUAUAGCUUCGACCAAUGCUAUUAUCUCAGCUGCAUGUGCUCUGGAAACCUUGAAAAUCGUGUCUGGAUGCAGCAAGACGUUAUUGAAUUAUUUAACGUACAACGGAGUUGAAGGUCUCCACACAAAAGUUACAGAGUUUGUAAGAGACAAAGAAUGUCUCGUUUGUGGUCCUGGCAUUCUAAUUCAGGUGGACAAGUCUGUUACUCUGAAAAAGUUCAUUGAUCAACUGGAAGAUCGCGAGCUGCUCCUAACUAGAGUGAGCGUCACACACAGAGGACAGAAUCUGUACAUGCAGGCUCCUCCAGGAGGCGAGGAGUUGACUCGGUCAAAUCUUGAUUUACCUCUGUUUCAACUGAGGGGUGGAGUAUCGAAAGAUAUUGUUCAUGUUAAUGGCAUGGCAGGAAAAGGAGACAAGAAGCAAUCUUGUUUGAGGAAAUUAAAUGUCGUAUUCAGGGGAAUUGACGGAGUUGCUGACGUGGACAUGGCUGGUGGGGCGUAGUGUAAUUUCUCGUAUAAAUCUCGUCUUAUAAGAGGUUCGUUCUUCUCCCUUUAUUUCUCACAAAUUUCGGUAAUUUUUUGCAAGUAUAUGAUGGAUCAUCGAAAUUGUGGCCGAUUAUUGUGCCCGUAUUUCUUUGCUUUAAUGUGAGAUGAAUCGUGUCAAUUUCAUCAGAAGAAAUCGAAAUUUUUGCUUCGUCUUUUAACUGCAGAAAUUUGGUCA